CAUCUCGCGACACUUCGGCGGACCGGUCUGCGCCUCGGGCUCUAACCGGGUGAGCCAACGCCGCCAGGCGCAGUGCUCGCCGCCGCAGCGCCCAGGAGCCCGCGGUGUGGGAUUGGGGCGCGGCCGCAGGCUCCGCCCGCCCGCCCGCUUGCCCGCCCCGCCCGGCUUGGGAGGUAGGCUGCAGCGGGGAUGUGCUCGGCUCCCUUCUCGAAGCCCGAGAGCGCGAGCGGCGGUGCGGACGAGCGAGUCCAGAGCGAAAUGUCAGCGGGGGAAACACACCAGGAGCAGCUGUCUCAGUCAGAUCCGUCCCCAUCAUCAAACUCCUGUAGUUCCUUCGAACUGAUAGACAUGGAUGUCAGCAGCUUGUACGAACCCGUUUCUCCACAUUGGUUCUAUUGUAAGGUAAUAGAUUCUAAGGAGCUCUGGAUCCCUUUCAACUCCGAGGACUCACAGCAACUGGAAGACGCACAUGGCUCUGGAAAAGAUUGUAAUGAGAGAGUUGUUCCCACUGAUGGGGGCAGAUAUGAUGUCCAUCUAGGGGAAAGGAUGAGGUACGCCGUGUACUGGGAUGAGCUACCGUCAGAAGUGAGACGGUGCACGUGGUUUUACAAGGGAGACAAAGACAAUAAGUAUGUCCCCUACUCCGAGAGCUUCAGCCAAGUUUUGGAGGAUACGUACAUGCUUGCAGUAACUCUGGAUGAAUGGAAAAAAAAACUAGAAUCUCCAAACAGAGAAAUUAUUGUAUUACACAACCCAAAGCUCAUGGUGCAUUACCAGCCAAUUGCAGGAUCUGAUGAGUGGGGUUCAACAUCCACUGAGCAAGGUCGGCCAAGAUCGGUAAAGAGAGGCGUUGAGAACAUCCCUGUUGAUAUUCACUGUGGAGAACCUUUACAAAUAGAUCACUUAGUGUUCGUUGUCCAUGGGAUUGGACCAGCUUGUGAUCUUCGUUUUCGAAGCAUUGUUCAAUGUGUUAAUGAUUUUCGAAGUGUUUCCUUGAACCUGCUCCAGACACAUUUUAAGAAAGCCCAAGAAAAUCAGCAGAUUGGAAGGGUAGAAUUUCUUCCAGUCAACUGGCACAGUCCUUUGCAUUCUACUGGAGUAGACAUAGAUCUGCAGCGGAUAACCCUCCCCAGUAUCAAUCGCCUCAGACACUUCACUAAUGAUACAAUUCUGGACGUCUUCUUCUACAAUAGCCCCACCUACUGUCAGACUAUUGUGGACACAGUAGCUUCUGAAAUGAACCGGAUAUACACACUUUUUCUGCAGAGGAACCCUGAUUUCAAAGGGGGUGUAUCCAUUGCUGGUCAUAGUUUAGGUUCGCUUAUAUUGUUUGAUAUCCUAACAAAUCAGAAAGAUUCUAUUGGGGAUAUUGACAGUGAAAAGGGUUCAUUGAGUCCUGCUGAGGAUCGAGGGGAUGUAUCAACGUUAGAAGAAGAACUGAAGAAGCUUCAACUCUCUGAGUUCGUCACUGUCUUUGAGAAGGAGAAAGUUGACAAAGCAGCUCUGGCUUUAUGUACAGACAGAGAUCUUCAGGAAAUGGGACUUCCCUUAGGACCCAGAAAGAAGAUACUGAGCCAUUUUAGUGCCAGAAAGAAUUCAAUGGGUAUUAAUAGACCAGCCAUAUCAGCUUCUGAUGUAAACAUCCCCGAGGAAAAUGGUGGCUAUCUGGAUGUUGGCAUCGGGCAGGCAUCUGUAAAAUACCCCCGGCUCAACUACAAACCAGAAAUAUUUUUUGCCUUUGGAUCUCCCAUUGGAAUGUUUCUCACUGUUCGAGGAUUAAGAAGAAUUGAUCCUAAUUAUAAAUUUCCCACAUGCAAAGGUUUCUUCAAUAUUUACCAUCCUUUUGAUCCUGUGGCAUAUAGGAUUGAACCAAUGGUGGUCCCAGAAGUAGAGUUUGAGCCAAUGUUGAUCCCACACCAUAAAGGCAGGAAGCGGAUGCACUUAGAACUGAGAGAGGGCUUGACCAGAAUGAGUAUGGACCUGAAGAACAACUUGCUGGGAUCUCUGAGGAUGGCCUGGAAGUCUUUCACCAGAGCUCCAUACCCUGCCUUACAAGCUUCGGAAACAUCAGAAGAAACUGAGGCAGAACUCCAAUCAAGUUCAGAAAAGCCCAAUGAUGCCAACACAGAGGAGCCUCCUGUGGAAGCUAAAGAAGAGGUUCCCAUCAACGUGGGGAUGCUGAAUGGAGGCCAGCGCAUCGACUAUGUGUUACAGGAGAAGCCCAUUGAGAGUUUUAAUGAAUAUUUAUUUGCUUUACAAAGCCAUCUAUGCUACUGGGAAUCUGAAGAUACAGUAUUGCUGGUCCUCAAAGAGAUCUACCAAACCCAGGGUAUCUUCCUUGACCAGCCUUUACAGUAAAAUGACCCGUCUGUGGCUGCUUACUGUAAGUUGUUAACGCUGUGAGAUGUUUAUAUGUCCAUAUGUUAUAAGGAGCAUUGGAGCCUCAAGCUCUUUGUACAGAUCUGUCUACAUCCCCAUGAUCUAGGUACUACUCACUUGGAGGGCACUGGUUAAAAUUCAUAGAAAGUGUCCAGUCGCCCACUCUGAAAAGGAUUGCUGCACAUCUUACCCUAUGCUUGGGAUUACCACACUCAGCCUCCAGACAGGAACCUGGAAAGUCUGUAUUAGAUUGUGGCAUUCUCCGGUCGCUGGUUCCCCUGGUUGACCACCCUGACCUUCUCCCACUCUCUCCCAUAGAUGGACAUUGAGGGAGACUUUCCUGAAAACCCACACGCUUGUUGCUGCAGCUUUCUUCUCAGCUAUCUUGUGUCCUGCAUGCUGCCUGCCUUACUCCACGGGAUCUUUCCAAGAUAAUCCUCUGGAAGUUAGUGGGAAGCAGAGGGAAGACUCAUUGCUUUGUGUGAACACUCAUCAGUUUUUGUAGCUAGGGAGUUUACAUAUUUUAAUGCUUUAACAGCAGCACUUCCUUAUUUAUUACAUGUGGAUGAAUAUAGCCUGUGUAGGGGCUUAGAGAGGCUUACUUAGGUACUUGGGGUCCAGUCCCUCUUCGUGGUCUCUGUACUGGAAGGCUAAGCAUAAAUGGAUAUGGGGUAGCUGCUAGUUUUUGAGCCAGCAUUUCUUUCCUGGGUGUAUCAUACGAAGAUCAGACAGAAGCUUGCUGCUAAUACAGUUUGCUCUGAACACUGUCACAUAGGUGAGUUGUAGGAACCACUGGUGCUGGCCGUUCUUACAACUGCUUCAGCUUCUGUAACCCUGAAGGUUGUAUGAACCAUAUGCCUGCUCUUUUAUACCAUAUUCAAACCAGAGGUGAAGUUGAGGAACUUAGUAGGUAAUACUUAUUUUGAAGGUGAUGUUGAACUUAUUUUGAAGGUCAACCUGAAAUUACAUGGCCCUCCCUAGCUGUUCAUGUUGUAAAUGCACUCUUUUAGUAGCACCAACUUCAGUCACCUGCUCCUUCCACUUGAGUAAAGGAAGUCUUGUGACAUAAAUGUCACUGCUUUCUGAGGUAUCAUCAAAAUGUUUACUUAGGGUUGGUAGUCAGUGUAGUUGAGCAUGCAAGGUAGGCCAGGGGAAAAACCACAUUGUGAAGUACAACCCUGUCUCCAGGGUCUGAGGAGCAGCUGUGUGCACCGUGCUGACUCUGCAGAACUCCAGGCACAUUUACCUUGAGAAAGAGUGACUGUACACGAAGUCUUCCCUUCUCAGCAUGUGCUGUCAGCUCUGUCCUCCUCACAGCUGUCCUUUGAGUGGCAGAGGAGGUGAGCUGUGUGUUGAUUUUUUACUUUUUUUUUGUAAACCUAUCAUGGUAUCCAGAGGCACUGCACAUAACACGCCCUGAAACUCCUCAGAUGGCAGUGCCCUUUACAGACAGUACUGAGCCCUGGAGGUUAGACAGGCAAGCACAGGACGUCAGGCCUGGCUUUCCUUUCUGCUUAUGGGUAAUACUGGAUAAGCAAGCUACUAAGGAGUUUAGGUAUAUGGAAUACUUUAUUUUUUCUACAAUAUGUCUUGAGUAAGAAUAUUUGAGAAUUAAGUAGUAUUCAUUAAAUACUAAAGAGUAAGUUUUGUCCGUUGCUGUCUUGAGGUUUGUUUACUCUUGUUAGCAAAGUCAUUACUACUUAAGAGUAAAGCAAAGCACAGCCGAGAGUGCGUUCUUGUGACCAAAGAUGGGCAGCUUGGCCCUGGCGAGCUAAACCACUGCACUGAGAAAGGCUUCUUCCUGGUAGUCUGGUCCUUGUACCUCACCGUGACCCACUUGUGGCGCUAUCAUGCUGAGUGUUAUACAAGUGAGUAGGGUGGCAAGGGGCCUGGGUAUGGAGCUGCAUUGUGUCAUUUGUAAUGUACAAUCUCUUGACCAAGGCUGUUUUUAAACUCCAGUGUAACAGCAUUCUGUACGUAAUUCUGGCUGCACAAUUAGUGAGAGACUGUUUGCAAGGGAAGAUGAAUAGCAUUGAUUACCUUUCUGAUAUUUUGCACUUUUGAAAUGUUUGUUUUAUAUGAUUAUAUUUAAGACUUUAGUAAAUGCCGAAAUAAAACUAUUGACCAUUUACCUACA